CUUCUUACACGCUUUGUGAUUCUAUAAUAGAGCGACACGGGCCUCCCCCAGAGGAACGAGCGACGACAAUCUGCAUGCGUAUCUGGUCAUCUCACCAUCUCGUCAUCUCUGGGAUAACCUCUUCUGGUAGCAAUUCUUUUAUCUGGUAUACUUAGAGACCUCUGGCUGCUGCUAUGUGUGCUUGCUGAUUGAUGGACACACCAGCGCUUGAUCCCACAAAUUCUGAGCUGUCAAUCAAUAGACUGAGAAGUGUGUGAGCAAGACGUCGCGGGAUUACAGCAUCAUCGAUCAUAGCCAUCAAACUGAGCUGAGACGUGCAAACCAAACCGUGGACGUUAUCGAUCCUUUGUCCAUUGAAAACCGCAGUUUGCGACUCGCUCCAUCAAACGGAGAGAUGGAUACAACGAUAGAUCCCUUCUACCAACACAGCGUCCUCGAGUCGCAAAGCGGAAUCGGUAAAGCGGAAGUCACGAUCAACGAGCUACCGAAAUCGAACAUCGAUGGGGAUAAGAACGAAGUGGUGAGAAAAAUUGAUAUCAGAGAUACGAAAGAGUCGAGAGACUUGCGUUGGUCGACAUGGUGGUUGAUAGGUGCUGUGCUCAUCGUGAUACCUUGUGUGGCAAUCGCUGCGUCCGCACCAAAAACAGCGAUGGGUGGCAUUCGGACGACCGGCUUUCUCAUCUGGAUCGAGAUUUUGUGGACUUCAGUGUGGAUUCUCUCGUUUUUCCACUUUUAUAUUGGCAGAGGCUGGUUUUGGUUGUGCCAAUUCGACGCGAGCCUGAUGCCGUGGGAUACGUUCGUUACCAACAUCAUGCGGACAAAUGUGUGGUUCGCAAUGUCUCUUGUGGCAUGGGGAAGUUCUUCUAUCAUGUGUCGCGUUAGCGGCAGCACCUACAACGAAAAUUGGCUUAUGGUUUUGAGAAAAGUGCUCCUUGCCAGUAUACCUGCGACCGCUACAUUCUGCGCAGAUGAUGUUCUCAUGGAAGUCAUUAUCACCUUCCAAGCGGCGAGGAUGGGCAAGGAAAGACAUCUCAAAACAAUGGUGCGACGAAGGAAUGCUAUUUUUUUGAUAGCCGCAAUCUAUCUUGGGGUCAAGGAGAAGGAGGGUACUUCGCAGGAGCCGCCGGUCAAUUCUGCACGUACAGGAAGCUAAGGCUCUCGGUGUCGAUCUUUCGCUUCUCGUCUGCCCUCAAGGACGGGCAAGUUCCUCGGGACUCUCUUCCUACGCGAUCCACCAGACCUGAAAGACGUGCGGGAACAAGGCAGGCGAUAUGUCCAAGGUAAAGGCAGUGAUAAAGAGUUUGGUCUUGACGGAAAGCCUUUCCCAGAUAUCUUAGUCGAGCACUACCUUCACGGAGAAAAUAUGAGUUUCACAGAGGCGUUUCUGCAGGAGAAAAUCAACGAAGAGGCCGGCAAA